AUGUCCAUCAUCUUCAAGUCGCCGUACCCGGACGUCUCGAUCCCAGACGAUGCUGCAAUCUGGAACAAACUAGAGCAACAUGCACGUGAGCAUGGAGACAAACCUGCACUUGUCUGUAAGAUGUCCGGGAGAACGCUGUCUUUUGCUCACGUGUUCAACUUGGCUCAAUGCAUUUGUGCUGGGCUCUUUGUGAGCGACAUCAAGAAGGGCGACGUCGUGAUCUUGCACUCGUUCAGCUGCUUAAAGUACCCCAUCGUCUUUUUGGCGUUGAACCGCUUGGGUGCAAUUUGCUCGCCGUCGUCGCCACAAUUCAAUAGUGACGAGCUCGCAGACCAAAUCCGCGCUUCAAAAGCAUCUGCAGUGAUCUCGCACGUGGCGUUCGCUAAGAUGGCUACACAAGCUGCAGGAAGCGCUGGUAUCCCAUUCAAUAGGAUGUUCACACUUGGACACAUCAAAGGGGCUCUCGGGGAAACAAUCUAUCGAGUAAGUUUGGCUGCUUUGAACCUGCCGUUCCCAAGUCUACCGAGUAUCAACUCAGACGACGUCGUGUUGCUACCUUUCUCAAGUGGUACUACUGGUCGUCCGAAGGCUGUGGAGCUCACAGCUCGAUCCAUGUACGCUUGUGGGGCUCGCGUAGCUGCACUUGACGUGGAUGCAGACUACAUCCUCGCAGUGUUGCCAUUUUUCCACAUCGCGGCAACUAUGAUCUUCCACGUGACGAUCUUCAAGCAGAUGGCAAUGAUCGUGUUGCCACGUUUCGAGCCUGGGAGUUUAUUACGCGUUAUCGAGGACUUCAAACUUGAUACGGUCUAUGUCGUCCCACCGAUCAUCCAAUUUUUAGCGAAACACCCGCUUGUAGACAAAUACGAUCUGUCCUCGUUGAACCGACUGGCAUCAGGAGCUGCACCUUUAGAAGACGAGCUCGUUGACACUGUUAACAACCGACUUGGACUCCCAGCUCUGCAAAGUUACGGCAUGACGGAACUUGCGGGCUCUGCUACUCAUUCCUCUCGAAAAGAAUUUCGCAAAGGCUCGUCUGGCGAGCUGCUUCCCAACACGGAACUUCGAGUGCGAUGUCUAGAAACAGACGUCGAUUUGCCUGUACACCAGCGGUACUUUAACAACGUCGAAGCUACUCAAGAAGCUUUCACCGAUGAUGGCUUCAUUCGCACUGGUGAUGUUGGCUACAUCGAUAAAGAUGGAUACAUCUUCAUUGUUGAACGACUAAAGGAGUUGAUCAAGUAUAAGGGGCAUCAAGUUGCCCCUGCUGAGAUCGAGGACGUCGUAAACUCGCACCCUCAAGUAGCCGAUUCGUGUUGUGUCCGAGGAAUUGACUUGGACACGGGUGACGAGAUCCCGAAAGUCUUCGUGGUGCGUCAGUUCACUGGCGAUGAACCGCUUACAUCUGGUGCGUUGAUGACGUUCGUAGCGUCCAAAGUGGCGGGUUUUAAGCGUGUACGCGAAGUGGAGUUCAUCGACGCCAUUCCGAAGAGUCUGUCGGGAAAAAUACUACGACACAAGCUGCAGCUUGAACAGGAUAAAAGGAGGGCGGCAGCGAGAUCGAUUCGAAGCCGUCUAUGA